GACGACAGCGACAACUGACAAACCCCAGCAGCCGACAAUCUCCCCCUUCGUCGAAGCAGACUUUUCGAACUGCCGGUGGCUCCCUUCUUGAAAUUCUGCAACCAUGGCUGAACCUGCGGUGACUCUGCGGACGCGCAAGUUCAUCCGGAACCCGCUUUUGGGUAGAAAGCAGAUGGUUGUUGACAUCCUCCACCCCAACCGUGCCAACAUCUCCAAGGAUGAGCUCCGUGGGAAACUCUCAGAACUUUACAAGUCCAAAAAGGACCAAGUCUCCGUAUUCGGUCUCCGCACGCACUAUGGUGGUGGUAAAACCACCGGUUUCGCUCUCAUCUACGACUCGACCGAAGCCCUGAAGAAAUUUGAACCCCGUUACCGCCUCGUCCGCAUCGGAGCUGCGGAGAAGAUUGAGAAAGCCAGCAGGCAGCAACGCAAACAAAGGAAAAACCGGUCAAAGAAGUUCCGGGGCACAGAAAAGACCAAGGGACCAAAGAAGGACAAGAAGGGUAAAUAGAGGAGGAAUCCGUGUUUCUUUGCUUAUUUGGUUUUUACGGUGCUCGGCGGAGAUAUCACGACAUGGGAUUUUUGAUUUAAGGACCCCAAAAUGCGCUGGAUGAAAUUUUUUUCUUUAUCUACCUACAUCAAUGAUGUACUUUAGCCGAAAAUCAAGCCAUUUCGUGAAAUAACGCCUUUUCACUCAU